CUGUGGAUAAGUCACCUGACUCCUGCCCUCAGUUUCCCUGGCUGUGUGGUGGGGAUGCUGAGUGCUGGAGACGUGUUUAUGAAUUAGGUGAUCCGGCACUGUGUGGUUACUCCCCGCUGCGAUGUCCCCUCAGGGCUCAGCUGUGCGGCACGACAGAUCUCCUGGCAUGAGGCAGGCGCCGCUCAGCAGGGAGAGCCAGGAGCGUUUGGGGGCAGCGGGGAGGUGGAGCCGGUCAGAAGCAGGGGAUGAGACGAGGGAACGGGGGAAGUGAAGUCACUGGUGGGCUAACGAUUGCCAUCACCUGUCAGUUGGGAGUGGCGCUGCCUCCACCAAAGCCAACUGGAGCGGGGCAGCGGGGGGUGCGCUGGGGAGGGCUGAGAUCCUGUGAUGUGUGUGCUGCUGCCCCCUUCCCUCCCAAGCAGCCCCAGAGGGAGAGCGAAGAAUCUCAGGUGUGGUUGUUAUGCCCUUUGCCCCGGCGGAGACGGGGACACUUCCGUCCGGGCAGGGGGGAGAGGACUGUAGCGAUGCUCCUCUUGGCGGGUGUAGGAGGAACCUGCCGGGUAGCUGCUUUAGAACUCGGCGUGUGCCUGGGUUUGGUCGGGCGCGAUGCUCCGGCUGGAAGGGAGGGAGUGGAGCAGAGCUGCCUCCUGGCGGAAAGGACGGUGCAGUGGUGCCGGGGCUGCAGGGAGGGUUGGUUUGUAAUCAGACUCCUAGCGAGCCCGUCUGUACCAGCAGGGCAGUGACUUGUUUCUCUCCAUCACGUCCCUCUUGUCUCCAGGCAAACCCCGAGCUCCCAAAGCUGAGCCGAGAUGAGCAGCGAGGUAGAGGAGCCCUGCUCCAAGAUAUCUGCAAAGGGCCCAGGCUGAGAAAGGUGACGCAGGUCAAUGACCGGAGCGCUCCAGUCCUGGAGAAACCCAAGGGAGGAGGUGGUGGUGGCUCCGGCUCCGGCUCCAGCUCCGCCGCACUCCAGCCCAAAGGCAGCCUCUUCCAAGGGGGCGUCCCUAAGCUCAGACCCGUAGGAGCGAAGGACAACUCAGACAGCUCCUCCACCAAGCAAUCGCUGCAGGUUCCUGGCUCCAGAUCAGCAGCCCCGAGGCCCCCGGUGCCCGUGACCAACAGCCGACCUCACGAUGACUCCGACAACAACCGGGCUUCCCCCCCCGAGCUUCCCCGGAUGCAGAGACCCUCCUUGCCUGACCUUUCCCGGCCCAACAGCGCCAGCAGUACCGGCAUGAAACACAGCUCGUCUGCCCCUCCGCCCCCGCCUCCAGGCCGCCGAGCCAACGCGCCCCCGGCACCCCCUCCGAUGCAUGGCAGCAAAGCGCCUUCCUACAACCGGGAGAAGCCGUUACCGCCGACUCCAGGACAGCGGCACCCCGUGAGCCGGGAUGGCCCCCCAGCACCGCCCCCCAUCAAGCCUCCCCCUUCCCCAGUGAAUGUCCGAACGGGGCCAAGUUCUCAGAACCAGUCUCUAGCUCCCCCUCCGCCCCCCUAUCGGCAGCCCCCCGGCGUUCACAACGGCCCUUCCAGCCCCACCAACGAGCUGGCCCCAGAGCUGCCCCAGAGACACAACUCUUUGCAUAGGAAGACCCCGGGCCCCGUGAGGGGCAUGGCCCCUCCUCCACCCUCUUCGGCCUCCCCGUCGCUCCAGAGUCAUCGACCCCCUCCGCCGGCCCGAGACCCUCCGAGCAGGGGAGCAGCCCCCCCACCCCCGCCCCCGCUGAUGCGGAAUGGUGGCCGUGACGCUCCCCCGCCCCCGCCCCCCUACAGAAUGCAUGGGUCAUCGGAGCCUCUGAGUCGAGGGAAACCUCCGCCCCCACCUACCAGGACACCGGCUGGGCCGCCCCCUCCACCUCCGCCAGUGCGAAAUGGGCACCGAGAUUCCAUCGCCACUGUGAGAUCUUUCUUGGACGACUUUGAGUCCAAAUAUUCCUUUCAUCCAGUCGAAGACUUUCCAGCUCCCGAGGAGUAUAAACACUUCCAGAGAACUUACCCCAGCAAAACGAACCGAGCGACCCGGGGGGCUCCACCGCUGCCUCCCAUCCCCAGGUGAAGUCCAGCUGCAUUGCCUGGUUGUUCCUUGGCGAGGAGACGGACCUUCUCUCCUUUCCUUGAACGGACUUCCCCCCCUGCCCCUAGGAACCUGCAUGAGAAGCUCCCAGUGUCUCGUUUUGUUUUCCAAUGGUGCAAGGAACAAACAAACCCGGAUGAAUCCCCUCUCACCUCCAUCUAUGCAUUUCAUACCUGGACUUACCUGGGUGAGUCCCUUCCUCCACUUUAUAGCUGCAGAUCCGCGGGCCGCGCCGGAAAGAGGCUUCCUGCGCCACCCUGCAGAUCUGUGCAAAAAGACUCUCCUGGUCCACAAAGUUAAUAUAACGUAGGACGAACUCCAAGCCAAGCAAGCCAGCGUGUGAUGGCUUUGGGGCCAGAAACCAGCGUGGUGCGGCCAGUACCCCCGGUGCUCCGUGCUAGGGCAGGGGUGAGAGGCAUGUGGGGUGGGGGGUCAGACUUGGAGAAGGGAGGGCAGGGAAAGGGGUGAGUUUUUAAAAAGUGAAAUGUCUCGAACACUAUUGGCUGUGAACACUAUGUACUGAUCAGUUCAGCUAAAGCAACAAGGUGCAGGAAGAGUUUAAACCAACGUGGUUAUUUACCCAGACACCACAACUGGCAUUUCCCCCCAUGGAUACAGGAAAGGGGGUCAGACUGUCCCAAAGGAACAUGGCCCCACUGGGUGGAGCAAAUGCUAGCCCAGGGCACACUCUAACAGCCAUUCCAGUGGGGACUGGCCCGUGGCUGUAACAUGCAGGCUGGUUGUGGGCCGUGUUCUGUCUGGGAAUGCUGUCCAUGGCUGCAUGGCCCUUCCUCGGAGUGCACCGUUAUAACAAAUAGGGCACUGCUAGAUUUCCCCCCUGGCAGAGAAUUUGACAAGACUAAUCAUUCCUGUUUUUUUAACCUGGUAACAGCAGCUGCAAGCGUCUCUAGCUCGCCCCCUGGUUAGGAGACGGAUGGUAGCUGGCGGCCCGUGGUGGGGGAGCUUGCCGCUUUGGGAGCGGUCAGCUUAAUCACACUGAUGGGUUCCUGCAAAACGCUGCCUCCCUUCCCGACGGGUGGCACGGCCCUUCAUGCCCUGCUGGGUGCUCUGAUUUUAAUGCUAAAUGACCAAAUUUAUAAUUUUAACAGGAAGACCAUAAUCGUUGUAAUGUUAAUAAACAAAAAAUAUGGAAACCCUGCUAAAUAGGUUUUAAUCUGUGGGGGGGAGAUCAGGGUCCUUGUGUUCUGACUGCGGGUCGCAUGGUAGCAUAAAAACACUCUCUCUUUCUCAUGGGGGAAUUGCCUCGUUUGGCCAAACUAGCUAAUGACUGUUCAUAUUCCAUGGAAGCGUUUCUAAUAAUAAUCCAGUACCUAGCUGUUGUUUUGCCUUAUACACUACUUCUGUCCUCCUGUUGGUACCAGAUUGAUGAUGAUUCUGUAUAUUUACUCUCUAACAGGGAGGGGUUACAUUAAUCAUAGUUACUGAUCUAUUUUGUAUGUUGUAAAAAGCUUGUAAUAUAGGAUUAAGGUGGGCUUGUUGCAAGUAUACUAAAAUCCUCACCUUUAAACUGCUCUUUUUCUAUGAUGAUGGAAAUGUAUCCUUUUUACGUUCGAACUAGGCAGCACUCAUGUUGAGGACCACUGCCCAGUUACAGGAAAUUCGGGGGUUUUUUUGUUUUUGUUUUUCUGGAGGAAAAAUAUCUGCCCAGCUUAGCUGGUUGGAAGAGAAGUUAAUGCACUGUGCAUUUUUGUUUAAAUAAAUUUUAAAAAAGGAAAAAAAGUCUUUCCCUGUAAUGUUCGCUUCCUGUAAGUCUUGUUUUGGAAGCAGAGGGGGUUCUUUUAAAAGGAAAAAAUAAAAACCAAUAAGCUUGAAAUUGUAUUUAAAUAAAAAUAAUAAAGAUGCACAUCUGUUCAAAUCACAACUUUUGGGCCAAAGCACUUUGCUGUUAGGUGUUUCGAAUGUUGUCUUGUAUGUGUUUUGUGGGACUUCCAUUGCUCAUCGGAGACCUGUUAGCGUUUCCUUCAUCUCCCUGCUGUGCUGUCUGUACGCUUUGGCCGUUUAUCGGUCAGUGGGGAACCGCAGGCUGAACCAGCAAUUCGGGGAGUAUCCAAGAUGGUUCUGCCAGACUGGUGCGUGACUCAUCAAAGGAUGCUGCUAAUGGUAGAUCACUGGGAGCCCUUAAAGGAGGCGUAGAAUUGUUUGGGUGGGGAAGAGGGGCAGAAGGAAGAACAAGAAGAUACCACUGUAUGCCAAUGUGAUGCUUCCUCAACUAGCCUGACCAACUUCACACCAUAGGACUAGUGAGAAGAAAGAACUAGACCGAAGCUUUUAACAUAGCGUGGGGUUUGCUUGAUUUUUUUUUCUUUUUUCUUUUUUCCUGACUGCUUGAAAUGGGGCCCUUGAGCCUGGGCUUUUUGUAGCAAUCGACACUGCACCAACGAGGAGGUGUGUCCACUCCCCAAGAGGCGAGCGAGCAGUUUGGAUGCUCCAGGUAGCAAGGCUGUGUUGUGCCCUCUUUGGGAUCAUAGGGAUAGCUGGAAACAGAGUUCCUAACAGUCCUGUUUUUCAUAGUCUUGCAUUGCACCUGGAGCAGCUCCGAAGGGCUGCAGAAUGGAGAGGCUCGGUGGGUCUUCAGCGAGAGACCAGUCAAUGGAAACACUUUCUCCGUUCAUGCUUCCUUCGUGCCUUACCUGUGUCCAAAGCAUUUCGGACUCCUCUCCUUGUGCUUUGCGGACUGAAGCAAUUCAGCGUGCAUAUUCCCACCACUGCGAUUUGUUAUUCCUUCCACCUGUUUGCUCCUAUUUUAUAUCCCCACUUCCUCUUGACUGCAGCGCCACUGAAGGGUUCCAGUUUCUUGAGUCUCUCCCCCUGCAGCUGCUCCUCCGCAUGGAAGAGCUCAAGCAUUCAAUGGCCCAUUGUAUAAAUGUACCAGACCUGACCUGUGCGUGAAGUCCGCACAUUAGCUGGAUUUUUAUAAUUUAUUGUAUGAUUUUUUUUUUGUUACAUUUUGCUGCAAGACUGUAGCCAUCUCUAAAGGUUUGACUUCUCCCUUGGAGGGAUGUGUACUGUAGCUCAGAUUCUGGUCUAAUUUUGUAUGCUUCUUCCUGUCUCUCCUACAUGCAAUUCUUUAAACCUCACUAUUAA